AUGUAAAAUACUUAGCUUGAUCAAUUCUGUUAAGAACAUUAAGACCCAAUCGUUGCUGUAGUUUAUAAUGAUCAAAACACUAUCAGUUAAACAUUAUGUCUUAAAUGUUGGCCAUAAAAUUAUAAUAAAAAGGUAGUAUUGCUUAAAGAUGCAUUGGAUUUAUCUAAAAAUGUUAAAGAAGAGUAUCAAUAAUUUGAUUUUGACAAUAAACUAAAUAUCUAAAAACUUUACUAACUUUUGUAAGAACUUGAAAAACUUAAAAUUUUUAUGAAACAAUCAAUCAAUGAAUAAAUUAAAGCUAUUGAUAAUUGGAUAAAAAGUAUAUCUGAUCAAGAACUAUAAGCAAAAACUUCUCUUUCCAAUAAUAAUUUUGAUCUUUAUAUUUCAUUAUAGAAUGCUUAAUAAUAAUCUUAAGAAUCAUAAAAAUAAAAAGAAAAAUAUAUCUCAUUUAUUUAACAAUAACUAAUUUUAUUAAAAGAAAAUGAAUAUUUCAAUUAAAUCAAUGAAUUACUUAGACUAAUCAAAGAAGAAAAAUUUGAUUCUCCAUUAAAUUAAAAUUCCCAAUAAUUAUCUUAAAUUGAUAAUAUGUAACAUAAACUAAUUUGUUAAUAACAUGAAAAUGAAAUUGUUAUGGUAGAUUUAAAUUAAAAACCUAAAAUUCCUUAAAGAUUGGCAUGUGUUUAUUGUAUAUAAACUUAUCCAACUAAAUACACUGCAAUAAAAGUUGCAUAAAAAAUAUGGUAAAAAUAAGAAACAUAAAAAAUUCAAAAUCUAAAUAAAUAUUCAGAAUCAAUUGAUUAAAUAAAUCUUUCUUUGAAUACUAUAAAAACUACUUAUAACAAUAUUAUUCAAAAUGUAACAAGCUCUUUAACUUAAAAUAAAAAAGAGAUUAAAGAAAAAGCUGAAAAAGACUUAAAAAAUCUUAAUUUUGAUUGGGUAUCAUUAAAAAAUGAUGAUGUUACAGAAUUAGCAGAAAAAAUAAGUCAUAAUGAAAGUCAAGAUAGUGAAAAAUCAAAAAUUUAUUCAGAUAUUAUAAAAAUUAAUUAAGAAAUUAAUCAUAAAAUAAAUGAAGCAUUUAUUAAAAUGAAAUAAUCUUAAAACUCUGGUUAAAACUUAAUAAAAUAAUUAAUUAAUUAAGAAUAUUUUAAUUAAAAAGAAGAUUAAACAAAUGGCAUUAGCCAAAAUAAUUCAAGCAAAGAAAUUUCUUGCACAACAAAAAAGAAUUAACUUCAAACAAUUAUUUAAGAUUAUAAUGAUAAAGUUCAAUAGCAAUCAGAGUACAAUCAAUUGAUUAAAAAUAAAAAAUAAGAAAUAAAAAUUAAUAAAAAAACAAUUAAUGAAUAAAAUCCUGUAAAAAAAAAUCAAGAAAGUAAAGGUUCAAAUUUACUUGAAUUACAAUAACAAUCAGAUGAAGCCUUAAAAAAUCAAAAUAAUUAACAGAAAAUUAAAAAGUUACACUUUGCUUUAAAUUCCAACUCAAUAGAUUAAGAAAAAACUUGCCGAUCAUUCUCGUUUAGUACAGAUUCCACGUAUCUAAUAGCUGCUUGUGAGAAAUCAAUAAAACUUUAUAAAUUUAAUAGAGGAAGCUUAAUUUUGUUAAGAAUAUUAAAUGGACAUCCAAGUAUGAUAGUAACUUGCAUAUUUUUUAAAAAUUAAAAUAGAUUUAUAUCUGGAUGUUAUGAUGGUUCAAUGUUAAUUUGGUCAAAUUCAAAAGAAAAUGAAUAAGAAUGGAAAUGUGAAUAAAUAUUAAAUGACCACAAAAAUUAUCUUGGACAAAUAAUAUAUAGUAAAAUUGAUAAUAUGAUUAUUUCAUGUAGUAAUGAUAAUACUAUAAAGUUUUGGAAGUAAACUUAAAAUUGGAAAUUAUAUUAAACUUUGAAUGGUCAUAAUUAAUAUAUAUGUAGUAUUAGCUUAAAUGAUUCAGAAAAUAAAUUGAUAUCAGGAGCCUAUGAUGAUUAAAUUUUAGUAAGUGAACCAUAAGGAGAUGAUAAACGAUGGGUUAUAAUAUAAGUUAUUAAAGUAGAAUGGGGAAGAAGAUUAUGUUUCAUUACAGAUAAUAUAUUUACCUUUUAACCUUGUAAAAAAGAUUUAAUGUAUAUAUAUUAACAAAAGGAUUCUUAAAGUGAUUUUUAUAAAUCAAAGGAAAUCGCUGUUAAGUCUAACGGAUAAAGUUGCCUUUGGCUAUUCCCUUAAUAAUUUUCUAAAAAAAAAAGUUUAUUAGUAAACAAAAAUUGCCAUACCAUUAAUAUCAUCAGAUGGAAAAGAAAAAACAAAUUUAUUACCGAUUAAACUAUAAAUUUUGGGACAAAUGAAAUUUAUGGGUCAAUUUCAGAUGAUGGCCUUUGGCUUAUAACAUGGGAUAGUUCAUCAAAAUAAAUAUAAAUUAGAGGUCUGAAAUGA